ACCGCGCAGUCGCCGCUUCCUCGAGGCCCGUGACUCAGCGCCACCUCCCAGCCGCCGUGCUCGCGCCGCGCACCCACGGACAGAACACAGACACUCUCUGCAGUACCGCGCGGUGGAUGGAGGCGGCCCGGGGCGGAGUGAGCAGACUGCGGACGCGGACGCAGACGAGCGCCUAGCCAGUGAACAUGCUGAUCACGACGAACGCGCUCGCGCCGCCGGCCAACUGCAGCGACCUGAGUAGCCUGUGCUGCCUGCCGAGCCGCGCCGCGCCCUCCUGGGGCAAGAUGGACCUGCCAGGGGUGCCACCGCCGCUCACCAGCUCCGCCGCUGUCGCCAUGUUGCCCAGCCUGCCUUGCUCGCCCGCAGUGUCUUCGCCGACGCCGACCGUGGGCGUGGUGUCGUCGCCGCCCAUGUCGUCACCCGGUGGCGGCGGAGGCGGCGCCGGGGGCGGCGCGGCUUCGGCGGGCCCGCAGCAGCUGCGCGAGCUGGCGCACCACCCGCUGGCGUCGCUCGUGUCGCAGCAGCGCCUGCUCGAGCUGUCGCGCCUCGGUCUGCGCCACUACGACCUCGCCUCGCACGUCCUCACCCAGCAGGGCGCCGUCUCCAAGCUGCUCGGAACUCUUAGGCCGCCAGGCCUUAUUGGAGGCAGCAAACCUAAGGUGGCCACGCCAGCAGUCGUCUCCAAGAUAGAGCAAUACAAAAGGGAGAACCCCACCAUCUUCGCCUGGGAGAUUCGCGAAAGGCUCAUAUCUGAAGGAGUGUGCACCAACGCGACGGCGCCCAGCGUGAGCAGCAUCAACCGCAUCCUGCGCAACCGCGCGGCCGAGCGCGCGGCCGCCGAGUUCGCGCGCGCCGCGGGCUACGGGCUGUACCCGGGGGCGGCGGCGGCGGCUGCGGCCAGCGGCCACUCUCCCGCGGGCUACGCCUUCCCCUGGGGGCCGCAGCUGUGGGCCGCCGCGCCGUUGGGGCUGGGCCUGUCGGCCGCCGCCGCCGCCGCCGCCGCCGCCGCGCAGGCGCACCACGGGCAGGCGCCCGGCGCUCAGCCGCAGGCGCCGGGGCAGGCCGCCGCCCCCCACGACGCCGCCGACCUCAUCGUGCCGCGCCUCAUAGAUGUCGACGGCAGCGCCAGCGGAGGAGUCUGCAAGGACGACUCGAGCAGCCUGGAUGGUUCCGACCAGCCCAAGUUCCGGCGCAACAGGACCACGUUCAGCCCCGACCAGCUGGAGGAACUGGAGAAAGAGUUCGAGAAGAGCCACUACCCCUGCGUCAGCACGCGGGAGCGCCUCGCCUCUAAGACCAGCCUGUCGGAAGCCAGAGUGCAGGUUUGGUUUUCCAACAGACGAGCCAAGUGGAGGCGCCACCAGCGCAUGAGCCUCCUAAAGCGGGCGUCGCCGGGGGGCCCGACGCCGGCGCCGGCGCCGCCGCCCGCUUCCAGCCCUGCUGGCCGCUCCACGCCUUCGGCUCAACGCAGCUCCUACUGCAGCACGCACCAGCUGCAGAUGGGCGGCGAAAACAGCGCUUUUAGGGCGCUGCCGGCCAGGGGCGGCGGCCUGGCCGCGCCGCCGCCGCAGCCGCAGCCGCCCCCGCAGCGGACGCCGUCGCCUCGCGACUGCCACUACGCCUCGUCCGACUCCGAGGAGAUCAACGUCAACGACGACUCGGACGACGAGGACUUCCGAAGGGAGCGGCUGCACCCAGAGGGGGCGGCGUUGUUCAACGGCCGCGGGGAGGAGGCGACGGACGCGGGGGCGGAGGUGCAGGCGGCGAGGGACGCGUGGGAGGCGGCGGGGCAGCAGCCCCUGCAGCUCACCAAGCACGACCGCGAUCGCGUCUAG